CUCCCGCCCGCGGCGCCUCCCUCCGCAGCCUCCGCCAUGUACCGCUCGCUCCGCUCCCUCCAGCGCCUGAGUUGCGCCAGGGGCGCCGCCGCCCACGCGCGCCAGAGGGGCCCGCCGACCUGCAGCCGCCACGCGCAGCCACGGAGGAUGGUGAGCCGCGCCGCCCCCCCCCCCGCUGCGCGCGCGCUCCAGGGAGGGAGGGAGGGAGGGAGGCGCAAGGGCGGCGAGAGGUGACCUUUGCCGGCCUCUGGCGGGACAGGCGCCUCCUGCGCGGCGGCUGAGGGAAAGAGGCGGCGGAGGAUCGGGCCCCUUCCCGCCUCCCGCCUCAGGUUUCUCUCUCUCCACAUAUAUAAAUUUCAAAACUUCCGUGGCUUUUAUUACUACUGCUUUCGCAUUCCUGUCCCUUUUCUCCCUCCCAGGAGCUCCCCGUCAUUUAGCCCCCGCAACAACCCUGUGAGGGAGGCCGGGCGGGAUUCAAACCCGGGGCCGCGUCCUGGGCGAGGACAACAUUUGACGGCCCCUCCCUCAAAUACCCCUCAUUUUCACAAUACUUCAUUUUGGUACAGCUGCUUUCUCAAGCGGAUCUGUUCAGUGUUGUUGUUUUGCGCCCCUUUGCCGCCCUGUGCGUGGGAUCCGCCAGCAGCUUCCCAAAUCCAGCGCUGCUCCCCUCCUUAGGAUGCCAAGCACUCUGAAUUGGGAAGUGGCCCCUUAGGAGGAGGGAGGCUUGCCUCCAAGUAAAGAUGAAUAUGAAAGUACCUUGUUUUUAAGGGCCUGCGGUGGUGGCGGCUGUUAAACACCCAAGGUUUACAACAUAAAAACACAAAACUACAUUACGUGGUACAGUGGUACCUUGGGUUACAUACGCUUCAGUUUACAGACUGCUAACCUAGAAAUAGUACCUCGGGUUAAGAACUUUGCUUCAGGAUGAGAACAGAAAUUGCACGCCAGCGGGAGGCCCCAUUAGCAAAAGUGGUGUUAAGAAGAUUUUCAGGUUAAGAACAGACCUCCAGAACGAAUUAAGUUCUUAACCCGAGGUACCACUGUAUUUGUAACCUUUGUUUCUUAGGGAAUGUGAGUGGGAUUGGGCUGCAUUUGUGGGGGUUUCUUCUGGUCACCUUCAGUGUUAAUGGUAAUGUUAUAAUUGCCUCUGAGCAACUUAACUUGAAGUAGGGUGAGCCCCUUAGGUGGUAGAACUAGGAAAAGUUCACUACUGUAUAUUAAUAUUCUGGUACGCCAUGCAAACUGAAAUAUUUUAUUAAAAACCAAUUUAGUAAAGUACAGUUGUAUUUAUUUAAUACUUAUAUUUUAAGAUGAGAAUACCAUACAUGGAAUGAAUGUUAAGGAAAUGAAGCAUAGAAAAUUUAACAUUCUGCUUUUAAGCAGAGCAGUGCAUUCAAUUUUUUAUAAUAAUCUAAAAAAGUUAACUACAGCUUUGAAACUGCCCAGUUUGAAUGGGGUUGUAUCCAUUCAUUGUGUUAGGAAUUAAUUUUUGAAGUGAUGUAUUUCUGAAAAUUGAUUCCCCCCCCCCCACAAGGUUUCCUACACUACAUCACUGGGGACUGAUAAGGCUAGAUUUGGCUUCUUGGCCACUGUCGCUCCAAGCCAACUGUCAAAUGAAAUAACCGUUUUCAUCAGUUCAUCAGCAUUUAAUUCUUUUUGGUUAUUUGUUUAGGCUGUGCAUGCAUACAGUUGUAGGUGAGCACUUCCUGAUAACUGUCCAGCAAUAACAUGUAACAAUAACAGUAACAAAUGCAGCAGUUGUUCCAGCGACUGAGCGACAGGUCACACUAGUUCUUGACGUUUAUUGAACAUUAUUUUCUGAGGGAGAGUUAGAAACUCAUUACAGCAUAACAUUCUGAUCUUCUAAGCUAAAUAGGUUACUUAAGAUGCUAUUUUAAAAAUCCCUUUACAUUAACUUGGUUGUAGGAAAUGGAGUCUUUUGAAAGUAAUUCUCCAACCUCUGACAUGAUCACCCUGGACAAGUCUGUGGCUUGUGUCUCUUCCCUUUUCUUGAUGUCUCUCCUCCACCCCAACACACAUUCCCAUGACUUAGUAAUAGUGUGACAUUUUCCCAAGGUUUCUGAAAUAACAAUAUUGCAUUUAGAAAUGUGCCUUAAAACUGUGUGACUUUAUAGCAGUGUUGAAGAUAUAUCACUAAAUAUAUGCUAUGACACAUUUACUAUGGCUUAAUAUAUUGAACAUAUAUGAUGAGUAUUCUGUCACUACUAUUCUGUUUCUUUAAAGCUAAGCUAUAUAUCAUAAAUGAGCCAGAGAUAACUCUUCCUUUGUUUGCAGUAAGAGGUCUGUUUCUCACUAUCUGAUACUAGUCCAAUAUUGAUUGAUGUUUUUAUUGUAGAGCAGUGAGAAAAAUUAUCAUUUCCCAAAAAAUAAUGAUUCAAAAUCCUGCUAAUUAUUAUUAUUAAAUUACAAUGGUACCUCGGGUUAAGUGCUUAAUUCGUUCCGGAGGUGUGUUCUUAACUUGAAACUGUACUUAACCUGAAGCACCACUUUAGCUAAUGGGGCCUUCUGCUGCUGUCGUGCUGCCGGAGCACAGUUUCUGUUCUCAUCCUGAAGCAAAGUUCUUAACCUGAGGUACUAUUUCUGGGUUAGCGGAGUCUGUAACCUGAAGCGUACCACUGUAUUUGAAAGUUAAACUUACAACAAUUGCAUUUUCCAAUAAACCUUGCUAAUCUCAUGUAAUUUGUGAUGCAAUCUUUUACGUCACAACAGUUAAUAUUUAAAAGGCAAAAGUACAAGUAUGGUUAACUUGUUUGACCUCUGAACUGUAUCUUGGCAAAAAGGCACAAUGGAGAAACAUGUCUGUUUGGUAUUGUUAUCUGAGUUUGAGAACAGCAAAUUGUAAGAACUUCAUAGUAAAAUCUGUGGCUGAGAGGUAAAACAAUUCUACAAACCUAUAUGCAUGAUCAAUUGUCCCUGUGAAAGUGUGUACUACUUGAGAUAACCUGAUCAGAAUGGUCCAUCCCAAAGACUGGUGGAUCCAGCUGAAUUUUGGACAUCUCUAUGGAAUUUCUCUUCUUGUCAUGCAUUCGACUUGUUCAGCCUGAGAAAUGUGGACAGGAUUUCUGGGUAUGUUUUGUUGAUCACAAGCUUUGCUUGAGCUUUCCUAUCCUGCCUAACUAAAAUGACUAGAGUGGAGCAGGAUGUCUAGACAGCGGAAAUGAUGCAAACCUUAUUAAGUAACAGAUCCCUGGGAAGAGAGAUUGAGUUGUAGCUUUGUGUAGGGAAUAGUGCUCUCCUAACAGCUCUCUGUUCAUGUUUUAUUUGUGGUCAAGGACAGUUUUUAACUCUUUCAUUUGUACAGUUGUAAAUUUUCAGAACAUAUUUUGUAUAGCCAGCCAUCCAGCUAUAUCUGUAUCUUACUGUAUUUGAUUCCUUUGCUAUGGUUUGUGGCUGACGCAAAUAAAGAUUUUAUCUAUCUCUCUGCACACUUAACAAAGUACAUUUCCCAGGAAUCAGAAUUAUUUGGGGGAAAGCCAUGAAGGUUUAAAGUGAUAUGAUACUGCUUUAAAUAUAUAGAGCAGAUGUGGCCUGCAUAUCAUUAAAUUAAAAAAUAUAUAUUUCUGAAGACUGAAAGAAAAAUGUGCCCCACUUUCAAGGCUGUCUCCUGUACAUAAGAUUCUGUUACUGCUCAAUUAUUGUUCAAGCAGAAUCACAUUACUAGACAUAUUUUUUGGCAGAAAUAAAAUGUUCUAACGGUGAACUCUUCCAUUACCUGGCUAGGAUCCAUAGAAUUGUUUAUGCGAGGCCCUUGCUCUUCUGUCCUAGGAUAAUUGCUGACUCCCCACCCCCUUUGAACCCAUGAUAUAAUCACCAACUACUUCUGAACCUCCCAUCAGUUUCAAAAUCAGAUUCCCAUGCAGCUGGGGUGGGUGCUUUUGGACUUUACAUCUAAAUACUUCCCUAUUGGGCUCAGGGAACUAGUUUGAUCACAGAACUCUGGCUCCUAGCAGCAGAAGUUUUCAUUUUGGUUCUGCUUCUGCCCAUUGAUCUACAGAAUUUGAACCAUGGUGUGUAUUAUGACCCUGGUGCCUUUUCUGAUAAGAUUCUUUUAAAAACAGUAACUUUCUGGCAUUCUGUGCUAACAUUUAAGUGUUUCUAUUGUUACUAGGAGAGCGGUUUCUUCAUUUUAACUCUUGAUUUUUUUUCCUUCCUCAGGCCAGUCAGGACUCAUCUAGAAUAGAAUAUGAUACCUUUGGUGAACUCAAAGUUCCAAAUGACAAGUAUUACGGUGCACAGACUGUGAGAUCCACAAUGAAUUUUAAGAUUGGUGGAGCAACAGAACGGAUGCCAGUGAGUAAUUCAAAGUUGAAUUUAUUCUCUACAACAGGCGUGGGAGAGUCUCUGGCAUGGGUCCCAACUUGGCUGGUGAGGCCAUUUCCCCCUAACAAUUCUCUCCUGCCCCACACCUAACAUUAUAUGUGACAUCAGGAGUGGGGCAGGUAGAAAUGCCGCUGUCAAGGUAGAAUUAGGUGCCUUAAAGUGCUUCCAAUUGUUGCUUGGCAAAGGAGACUUGCUGUUAGUGCCGACCAGCCGAUUGGCCCUUUCAGGAAGCUGGUUGCUACUGGCUACACUAUGAAGUUCACCACUGAGAACUUCAUAGCAUGCCUGAUCCCUGUGGGCUUCCUGUAAGAAGAGAAGAAGAAGAGAUUGGUUUUGAUAUCCCACUUUAUCACUACCCUAAGGAGUCUCAAAGCGGCUAACAAUCUCCUUUCCCUUCCUCCCCCACAACAAACACUCUGUGAGGUGAGGCUGAGAGACUUCAGAGAAGUGUGACUAGCCCAAGGUCACCCAGCAGCUGCAUGUGGAGGAGCAGGGAUGCGAACCCGGUUCACCAGAUUACGAGUCUACCGCUCUUAAACACUGCACCACACUGGCUCUCCACACUGUAAGCACUCGGUGCUCUCAGGAAGCUCUCUCAGAUCUGCACUUGCAUCGCUACUGUAAGCACAAGGGGAAGCACCUGACAUGAUUAUGGUAUCAAGAUGAUUGACAGGUGGUAUACCCUGGCCAGCUGUCAUAAUUAUCUGUGAACUGUCAAUCCUGUUUCUUGCCAGUGCUCUAAAAGCAAGCUUGGUGUCUCGUGCAGUAUAAUAUCACUUAGAACUGAAAGAGGUUGAUUUUUGUCAAAAAUCUUCUAUUUUGAAAGUUGAGACUGAUGGGGGAAUGUGUUGCCCUAGUAUGUUUUCUUACUGGUUAAUAUUGUUUUUUUGAUUCACAUAUAACUGCAACAAUUUUUGGUCCUAUCAAUAGAGUACAAUGUGGGAAGUGAUAAGAAUGCCUGGCUGUAUCAAUUGGGCUUGUUUAGAAGGAAAUAAUGCAAUUAAAAUGGCUUUCUCUAUUUUAUAUGCAUGUACAAUAUCACCAUUCUUAUUUUUUAAAAUCUUAGGUCCAAGUAAUAAGAGCUUUUGGUAUCCUAAAGCGAGCAGCUGCUGAAGUAAAUCAGGAUUAUGGCCUGGAGCCAAAGAUUGCCAAUGCCAUUGUGAAGGCAGCAGAUGAGGUAAUAUUUUAAUAUAAAAGCUCUGCAUAAUUGAACCAGGAUUGAUGUACUGAAUUCUUUGCAGAUAUUUUGUCUUCUCAAAAUGAUAAUGCCUUCAUCAGCCUGAGAUGCAAAUAAUGUUCCCAUGGUCCUUUUGCAUUGGUCAGAAUGUUUGGUGCUGCCCAAUGUCAGUUGCAUGAUACUUGUCACAGACACUAUGCAAAGUGGCAAAGAGUGAGGCAGGCUCUUUGAAACAGCUUUGUAACUAGUUAAAAAACUCUUGUCAGGCUCCUUCCAGUAUCAUUGUUUCGUGUAAACCUUCUUUGUGGUAGUUUAAAUAUUUUUUUGACUAGUACUUUCCUUAUGCUAAAAUUAGUCUGAAACAGUUAACACAGCAGAAAAACCUAUCUAGAUUGGACCAUUCUUCUCAUCCUGCUUUAUUUAAGAUAUUUUGCAGAGGUAUGUGAUGAUAUAAGGUUUGCAUGACUCCUUUGAGGAAGAAGCAUAGUGGGGUGUAAACACACCUCAUCACAGAAACUGAAUGUUUUAAGUGUACAAUAUGGAUUUUAAACCUAGAGCUUUAAAGGUUAUUUAGUGUCUGUUCAAUGUUAUCUCCUUUAGUAGUUCAGUAGUGUUUCAUAUAAAUUGAUGGCACUGUAAAACAAUGUGUAACAAUGAUAAAUGUGUUUUUGUAGGUAUCUGAAGGUAAAUUGAACGAUCAUUUUCCUCUAGUGGUGUGGCAAACUGGAUCUGGAACACAGACGAACAUGAAUGUUAAUGAAGUCAUCAGUAAUAGAGCCAUUGAGAUACUGGGAGGUAAACUGGGGAGCAAGGACCCAGUGCAUCCGAACGACCAUGUUAAUAAAAGCCAGGUCACUAUGUGCUCCUUCCAAAUAUUCUUGCUGUGUGUUUACAUUACAUAUUAUCUACUAAAAGGUCAAAAUAUUUAUUUUUCAAAUAGGUUUUGUUUGCUUAGGUGCAAGGUGUUUCAAAGGGGGGAAAUAUCACUUCAGUUCUUGGCAUGCUGCCAGCUACCAAAACAUUUUUGAACAAAAAUAAACUAUGAAAUGUGGCAUCCGAUCAUUAAAACUUAUCAUAUGAUUAUUUGCUUGGGAUGCUGAAUUGCUCUUUGUGUUGUUGCAUAUAAACAGUGAUAAGGGAAUCACUAAUCGAUUGCUACAUCCAAAUGUCACAUACUGUGUGUACAUAAAAUCAUCCCCUUUUUACCUAUAUGGAAUUUCUUUCCAUUAACUGACCUAUACUGUGUCAAGCUUGGGACUCUUACGAUUUGUGUUCCUGAUUUUGUUACUGGUUGUGGCAUCAUAAAUAGGAGGAAGUGUCCUUUUUACAUGCUUUUGAGUGUUUUCCUACAUUGAGCAGUCUAGGAACAGAUAAAUAGUAAAAGAGAUGUUCAGAUAACAAGCAUCUUGUGUUUGCAUCUUCUCAGAGCUCAAAUGACACGUUUCCAACAGCAAUGCAUAUUGCUGCUGCACAAGAAGUUCAUGAAGUGCUGUUGCCGGGGCUGCAGAAGCUUCAGGAUGCCCUUGAUGCCAAAUCAAAAGAAUUUUCCAAAAUUAUUAAAAUUGGGCGUACUCAUACACAGGAUGCAGUUCCCCUUACCCUUGGGCAGGUAAAAAAACAUUUUGACAUAUUGUAUGAAAGUUCUAUUUAUCUCUUGCAAACAUUAACUUUGUUUCCAGUCAAAAGGCAUAUCUUUGACUAGUGAUAAGUGGCUCAUUUAUGUUAAAUUCUCACAUGGAAUGAGAAUAAUCUGGACAAUAAUAUGAUCUUGUUUGGCUAUCCCUCUUUUUUUUCUCCUUUGAAGGAAUUCAGUGCUUACGUGCAACAAGUCAAAUAUGGAAUCACUAGGAUCAAAUCAGCCAUGCCAAGGGUCUAUGAGCUGGCAGCUGGUGGCACUGCUGUUGGCACAGGACUGAAUACAAGAAUUGGUUUCGCUGAGAAGGUGGCUGCUAAGGUGGCUGCACUUACAAGUAAGGGAGGACAUGAAGGAAACUUCUGAUAGCCUCUUAGAGAAUUGAAAUAUAAUUGUCAGAGGAAACAACAAAGCAAAAGAAAUGGGAGAGUAACUGCCUUUUCUAGAAAGAAAAAGCAGUGCUAUAUUCUGUAGCCCCUUCUCUCCAUGUUUCAUCUACCUAAGCUUAUUUGUACACUGGAGUUCUGCUGUACCAAAGGAAGCUGAUGACUGGAUUUAUCAGCCUAUUUCCUGCAUCAACAAGGUUAUGAACAGAUAAAGCUUGAACUAUAUUCUUCAAAUGGACCAUCCAAAGAUUUUCAACUGCUGGGGGAGGACAUAGGAGCAUUGGGAUCUGAAGCACUGGAGGGUAAUGGUCUAAUUGUAGCAAUACCUUCUUAACACCCCGGUUUCCAGCAUUAGAUUUAAUAUAGGUAAUUAGAUAUUUUGUAUUUAAUAAAUUGUUUUCUUUUGCCCAUUAAUUAUUAGCCUGGGAGCCCUUGGACCUAACUUUGUUUAUAGAUAUCUGCCCAGAGCUGAUUAUAAAGUGAACGGUCAAUAUAAAAUGUUUUUGUUUUUUAAGAGUACUUGAGCUAUCAGUAUGUGCAUCAAAUGCAAGAGUCGAUGGAUGGGAUGCUCCUGUGUAUAUAUAUAUAUAUCAUUCUUUCAUUAGACUUGCCCUUCGUUACUGCUCCAAACAAAUUUGAAGCCCUUGCUGCUCAUGAUGCCCUGGUUGAACUGAGUGGGGCAAUGAAUACCGUGGCUUGCAGCCUGAUGAAGAUAGCUAAUGACAUCCGUUUCCUGGGUUCUGGACCUCGAUCUGGUUUGGGGGAGCUAAUCUUGCCUGAAAAUGAACCUGGAAGCAGUAUUAUGCCAGGUACAAUGUGGUUUUUGUUAAUUUUGUGUUAAUAAAUAAUGAGCUAGCAUCUUUGACCAUACACUUUAACGUACAACUUUACAUAUUUUUCAGUUUUUGCCUUCAAAUAUAUAUGUAAGCAGUACUGUUUUUUGCUGCCAGUUUAUGGAAACGGGGUGGAGCAGUCUGUACCGACACAAAAAAUUAUAUAUCAAGAUCAUUUGGAAAAACUGUGGUAACAGAUUAUUCAUGAGUAGUAGAUGAUAUUAUUGUGUCUUCAAUAAUUCUGGCAGAUGUUCCAACAUUUAGAACCAUAUCAGGCUUGUAUUUUUGAACAAUUUAUUCUAGCUGCAGACUGCUAACAUAACUUGCAUGUUGCAUAAAUUGCUUGUAUUUUUAGUGAAUUCAAGUGAGGACUGAUUUACAUUUGGCAGGCACACAGUAUUUUAUCUUACGGUAAUUGUUUUUCUCAAAUUAUUGCUGUAAUUAGAUCUGCCUUUGAAACCAUGCCAUUUGGAGCUAUUUGCUUUCAGUAGAAUCUUCACUGUUCUAUUAUCUACAUAAAUGUGCCCCAGGUUCUGUAUGAUCACAUCCAGAGUUGGGGGUUUUUUGGUACUAAAUCUUUUAAAUAAUACUUUAGUAGCUCAUUUGUAAGAGUUCCCUUUAAGAGAAGAAAUGAAUGGUUUUUAAAAAGUUGGAGAGAUGCUAAUUUGAGGUCUUUUCCUUCUCUUCUUUUCUCUCCCUCCCUGCUUUUUACAGGAAAAGUGAAUCCUACUCAGUGUGAGGCCAUAACCAUGGUGGCAGCUCAGGUGAUGGGGAAUCAUGUUGCUGUUACAGUAGGAGGCAGCUGUGGCCACUUUGAGCUGAACGUCUUUAAACCCAUGAUUGUACGUUUGAAGUUCUAAUUACACGACGUAGAUGUCAUAUUUUAGUGCAUGGUUAGAGGGGCUUUGUAAUUGUAAUGAGUGGAUAAUUGAGUUUUGCUGGAGUCGCAUCUUAUGCACGAGCUCAUUUUAAUUUUGGGCCCUAGCAUUGCAUUACAGGAGUGGCUAGCCUGAAAGCCUUAUCUUACCAUUUAAAAGAAAUGUUUGGCUACUUCCAUGGGAUCCCCAUGCCUGCAUUGUUGACUUCCUCCCCUCCCAAUCUUCCUUGGUUCUAGUGUGUGGAUGAGUGGAAAUGACCGCAGGCCUAUGGAUGUGGAAAGGGGGUCUUUCCUGUUGAACAAGUCUUAAAUCCAGUGAAUUCAAGGCCUCCCCUGCCCCAUCCCUAGAACUUCCCAUGUUGGAACCUAAUGCCAGCUACUGCCAGAGGAAAUCCCUACUGGCACAUGCCCACUGAGCUUUCCACAGGCGGAGGGGCAGAUUUCUGCAGUAAUGGCUGUGCUAUGGGAGGGACACUUCCAUGCAAUCCUAACUCCUUUCAACUCUGUGGAUCUGGGAGCUAGGGUUGUUCCAAAAAACUUACGGACAUAAAAAUUUUAAACUUGGUUAUUAUUUUGUCAAGCUGCAAUUCUGGAGUCCUUGUCAAAAAAACCACAAACCAGUUGCUUUACUAUAGGCUUCUUAAAAUAUCAGCUAUUGAGAUUCCAUAUCCAGUUGUGUUAAAAGGGUUAAAUAUUGCCGUCUUGACUUUUAUUGAACAGAAAGUGAAAAUGUUGUAUAGCAGCUAGUCUUCUAAAUCAGCACCUGUGAUUUUUAAUUGUAUUUUAAUAUUUCAUUUAGAUUAAAAAUGUGCUACACUCUGCACGACUCUUAGGAGAUGCCUCUGUUUCUUUCACUGACAAUUGCGUGAUUGGAAUACAAGCCAACACAGAGAGGAUCAACAAACUAAUGAGUGAGUCGCUCAUGCUGGUGACUGCCCUUAAUCCCCACAUAGGUAAGUGUCUAACACAUGCCAGUCUUGACUCAUGUGAAGUGCUUAAAGUGAAUCUAGUUACCUGCUUGAGCAGAUUUCCAGAGACCUGGAAUGCUGGCCUUGGUACGUCUGUAACGGAAGGAGGGUAGGUUAUGGUCCCAUGGGAAAUGUAAAGACUACACAUAGAAAUGUAAUAAAAGGGGUAAGAGCAUUAAUUGUGCCACACUUCCCAGAGCUUUAGUUAACACAGCUGUUUCACUAUUUGAAUUCUGAUCUAACACCCAGAUACUGAUUGCAAAAAAGGAGAGGAACAUAACAGCGUGCUGGCCUGGAACAUGAGAAGCUGCCAUAUAGCUAGUCAGACCUUCAGUCCAUCUAGUUCAGUAUUGGGCUACCCUGACUGGCAGUGGCUGCCUGAACCUGCAUGAAGCUGAUGCUCCACUGCUGAGCUACGACAGCUAUUCUUGCUUAGAAGUAGCUGCAACAUUAAUAUACAGUACUUUGUAAUUGGUGUGAUGUUGACUGCUCAGAGACAAUCUCCAUUUGGGAGUGGAGGCCCAAAUGAAUGUAUUGAUAGAUAAAGGGCUGUCACUGAAAUAGCAACGCUGUCUCAGGCUCUCUCCUCUUCCACUAGGGAUUCAGUGUACAGUGUAGAUGUCAUUAUGCUACAGGUUUCAUUGUCUGCAUUUUCAUGAGCAGCAUCCACAUGCUCCCAAGGACACAGAGUACAGUGGUACCUGGUUGUGCACACGUCAGGUUAUGAGCUGCACUAACCCGGAAAUAGUGGCUCCCAGAGGCAAACUUUGCCCUGGGAUGCAAGUGGAAAUUGCAUGCUGGAGGCGCACGUGCAGCGGGAGGCACGCUUUCGCUAAUGGCGCCUCAUGUUAAGAACAGUUUCAGGAUAAGAACGGACCUCCGGAACAAAUUAAGUUCGUAACCAGAGGUACCACUGUAGUAGCAGUUACUGUUAAGUUUAGAAAGCAGGUGACUUCGUCGUUUGGUUUCUCAUUGAUCUAAAAAUUAUCUCAUAUGACUUUUCGUUUUACAUUAUGUGUGUAAAGGCUGUUCAUUAAACAUAAUAAAUGGAACUGACUGACUGACUUUUACAUUAGGUUAUGACAAGGCGGCAAAGAUUGCCAAAACGGCACAUAAAGAAGGGUCGACACUAAAAGAAACUGCUAUCAAGCUCGGAUUUCUAACAUCAGAACAAUUUGAUCAGUGGGUAAAGCCAGAAGAUAUGUUGGGUCCUAAGUAACUGUGACAAAUGUAGUACAAACAGAAAAUAAAUAAAUUGUAUAAAGUAAACAAUUUUAUCAUCUGUUUCUGUUAUGAAACCAGUUGCAUUUUGUCUCUGAAGUGGUGGGGCUUUCUAUGGUAGGUAUAUAACUUUGUAUGUACUUCAAAUAUCUUAAUGAAAAUGCAUCUUAUUUACAGACAGCAGUGUUUUUAAAACGGUCCCUCAAAUUAUUGCAAAGUUGAAUUUAUAGGGCUGUUCGUAUUCAUAAAAUCAAUAACAUGCUG